AUGUGAAUCGGAAACAAACUGCCGAUUUGGAUGAGAACCGGAUGGUCGAAUCUGAACCGGGACCGACCGGUUUAAACUAAACGAAGAGUUCAAAAAAAGUAAAGAAAAAGAAAGAAAGCCCUCGCUCAGCUUCGUGUCGUGGUAGCCGUCGUCUUCGUCUCAUCGCCGCCGUCUUCGUCUGCCCUUUGCUUGCCGUCUUUCUCGUUUUCCCUCUGCUCGCCGAAGAAAUAGAUGAAUUGAACGCGAAGAACAACUGCACGCGAAGAAACUUCUAGAACCUUCGAGAUUUCAUUGUUCAUGGACUCGCUGCCUGCACCGUCUCACCUCUCUCCCUCCGCACUCUCCUUCCUCGAUGGCAAGUUCCACACCAAAGAUGCCCUCUCCGAAGCUUCGACUCUCGUCGCCGAGCUACAGACUCAGUGCUCCGAGUUGGAUCAGUCUCUGAACGAGUCCACUCGCCGACUCGGAGCGGGUCUCUCAGCUUACACUUCGCUCUCGGGCGACGUCAACGACCGCCUCAGUGCCCUUGUCUCCACUUGCUCUUCCAACGCCGUGCCAGAUGGAGGAAGCGGCGAAGAGGGUGAUGGCAAGGGUUUCAGAGAGGAACUUGCAGCUUUGGCGAAGGAAGUUGCGAGGUUGGAGAAUGUUCGUGUUUAUGCAGAAACAGCACUGAAACUUGAUACUUUGAUUGGUGAUAUUGAAGAUGCUGUAUCACAUACCAUGAACAAACACCUGAGGAAGACUUCUAGUCAGAAUUCAGAAGAAAUGCGUCUGGUUGCUAUAAACACGCUAAAAACAACAGAAGGACUAUUGACCUCAAUUACAAAGACACAACCUCAGUGGAAGCGUCUUCUAUCAGCAGCUGAUCAUAGAGUAGAUCGAGCUCUAGCUAUCUUAAGACCCCAGGCAAUUGCUGAUCAUCGAGCACUUCUUGCUUCCCUUGGAUGGCCCCCACCUCUUUCUUCUUUGGCUUCUGCAAAUCAAGGACUGAAUCCUCUACUGCGUAUGCAAGCAGAUGUUAGACUCAAUUACUCUAGAAAUUUUCUUGCUUUGUGCAACCUACAAGAGUUGCAAAGGCAAAGAAAAUGUAGGCAGCUUGACGGCCAUGAUAGGGAGGUUGCUCUGCUACAACCACUUUGGGUAAUUGAAGAGCUUGCGAAUCCCUUGUCAUUGGCUUCCCAGCGACAUUUCUCAAAAUGGAUUGAUAAACCAGAAUUUAUAUUCACGCUUGUAUAUAAGAUCACAAGCGAUUAUGUUGAUUCAAUGGAUGAAAUGUUGCAGCCUUUGAUUGAUGAAGCAAAAGUAGUUGGCUAUAGUUGCAGAGAAGAAUGGAUUUCAGCAAUGGUUACUUCCUUAUCAACAUACUUGGCAAAAGAAAUUUUCCCUAGUUAUAUUAGUCAACUAGAAGAGGAGAGUGUUACAGGUAUUCAAUCAUCUGCUAGAAUAUCAUGGCUGCAUCUGAUUGACCUGAUGAUAGCUUUCGAUAAAAAGAUCAAGUCUUUGGUGGAGCGUUCUGGAAUUUUGCUAUAUUUUGAUGGCAAUGGUAUGUUGCAGAGGAUUUCUUCACUGUCUGUAUUUUGUGAUAGACCAGACUGGCUUGACCUGUGGGCAGAAAUAGAGCUAGGUGAUGCCCUUGAUAAGCUUAAACCUGAGAUUGAAGAUGAGAAUAAUUGGAGAAAGAAAGUUGAAGCUGCAGUUCUCUCAUCAUGUAUUGAUGAUCUCAAGUCUCCCCUAAUUUCCAGUGCAUUUCUUCGCCAUCUAUCAGCUGUUAUUGAACGAUGUAGAUCAUUACCAAGUGUUACUCUGAGGUCCAAAUUUCUCAGAUUAGCAGGUGUACCUAUUAUAAGAAAAUUUUUUGAUUCCAUACUUGUCCGUUGCCAAGAAGCUGAAGGACUAACUGCCUUAACUGAUGAUGAUGCUGUAAUUAAAGUAGCAGUUUCCAACAAUGCUGCCCAUUACUUUGAAUCUGCAUUAAGGGAAUGGUCUGAGGAUGUCUUUUUCCUUGAGAUGGAUCUGGAUCUGGAUGAUAAAGCAGAGUUGCCAAGUAAUGCAGAUAGAAAUGGCGAAGUUUCUGGUAGGGUUAUCUUGGAUGACGAGAUCAAGAAGUUGGAAGAUUUUAGAACAGAAUGGGUUGAAAGGAUAUCUCUAGUUAUUUUGAGAGGUUUUGAUGCUCGAUCUCGAGAUUACAUUAAGAACAAGAGGCAAUGGCAAAAGGUUGAAGAAGGGUGGACUGUGUCCAAGACACUGAUCGAUGCCCUAGAUUAUUUGCAAAGCAAAAUGUCAGUUGUAGAAGAAGCUUUGAAUAGUAGGGAUUUUGUUGGGGUAUGGAGAAGUUUGGCAGCUGGAAUUGAUCAAUUGAUUUUUAAUGGUAUUCUUAUAAGUAGUGUAAAAUUUCAUAAUGGUGGUGUUGAAAGAUUCAGCAGCGAUAUGGAUGUUUUAUUUGGGGUAUUUAGGACUUGGUGUUUGAGACCAGAAGGUUUUUUCCCAAAAUCAAGUGAAGGUCUUAAGUUGUUGAAGUUAAAUGAAAACCGAGUGCAAGAAUGUCUUGCUGGGGGGAAGAGAUGGUUGAAGGAAAAUGGGAUCAGGCAUCUGACUGUAACCGAAGCAGAAAAGGUUGUGAAGAAUAGGGUGUUCUCAAAUUGAAGCUUUUUUGCUUUGCUUUAUGAUAUUUUAAAACUUUUUGAAAAAAAUUCUCAUAUUGUUAAAACUGACAUUGAAAGAAAAUUGAUUCUGUAAA